AGACAAGGUCUCAGCGGAACAUUAAAUACCAUUAUUUGCGUGGAGGAUGUCUGAGGUUGUUGAGUCAGUUGGUAAACUGUGUCCAAUUUGUCAUGAUGAUAUUGACUACUUUGCAUACGGAUCAUGUAAUCAUCCUACAUGUACAAAGUGUGUGCUGAAGUUGCGAAAGUUCGGAAGCGCUGAUGAGCCCGAAUUCUCACAAUGUCCUACAUGUCGGCAGAAUAUUAACAGAGUCGCGAUAAUGAGAAAUUUCGUUCCGUUUGACAAUAUUGACGUGUCCUUACUUCGACACGACUCAAAGUUUGAUUUUAUGUUUCCUGAUGUCGAGAUUGAACAGCACUACCUAAACAUGCUCAAAUCAAUCUGCCCUGUUUGUGGUGAAGAAAAAAAGUCUCUCUCUGCCUUAAAUAGACACACUACUUUGGAGCAUCAGCUUUCUUAUUGCGAUCUCUGUAUUCGAUAUGCCAGGCUUUUGCCAUGUGAAUUCGUGCUUAUGAAACCAGCUGACCUUACGAAACAUCGGACAUGGGAUAAAAACAAGAAGAAAGGUCAUCCUUUGUGUGAUUUCUGUCAUGAACGAUUCUAUGAAAUGGAAGACUUGAUAACCCAUAUUCGUGAUCUUCACUUUUUAUGUGAUCUUUGCAUGACUACAGGAAAGUUUGUGGUUUUCAGACAGCAGUGUGAAUUAUUAGACCAUUACGGUGAAUCUCAUCAUCUAUGUUCCGAGUGUCGGGCUCAACAACGUAUUUCAUGUUUUGCAACCGAGGAUCGUUUAGGCUUGCAUCGUUUUCAAGAACAUCCAAAUGAAGUGGCCAAUGAUCCCAACUCCUGGCUUCCGAUUUCUAUACGUCACGUAACAUCUGCUGAUUCUGCCUUCAGGCGACGUGACCAAAUAUUUCCUGAUGUAUAUAGUGUGGAUGGCGUUCUUGAUGCAUCUGAUGGUAGACUUACUUCACAAGACAAUCCUAGUGUAACAUAUCGACGACCUAAUCCUUCCGAAUGGACCGGUGAAGAUUUCCCUUCACUUCAGUCGACCAGACCAAUCACCACAAGUUCUCACUUAACAACAAAUGAGUCUAGCAAUCCUCAAACACCUGUACAAAGACUUAGGGAGUCAACCACUACUUUAACAGAACACGAGAUGAAUGAUACAAAUAAUUCUGUACAAAAUAAACGACCAAUAAUGGGUGGAAGUUGGGUUUCUCGUGUUGCUAAUAUCAAUUUUACUAAUAAAGAUCGUCUUACAUCUGAAGAUUUUCCUAGUUUAACACAAUCAACUAAUACUUCCACUGGCAAUCCUCCCACAUGGGUUAGAAGUAGUGCUUCUCAACUUAUACAAAAUCCUCAGACUGAUACAUCUAAUCAUUUUAGCUUUCCAACUCUUGGAUCAAAUAAUCAUGCUUCUGCUUGUAGUAGUAGUCCUUCGUCAGGAUGGCCGAAAACAAGCCGUAAUAUAUCUUCGGAAGAACAACUUAAAUCCACAUUUCCUCAAUCAGUUUCUCUGCAGACGCCUACAUCUUCGGAUUUUCCGUCACUUCCAACAAAUUCCAAUCCUAGUCAUUCAAAUCGUACCAUCAAUUUAACUUCAAAUUCAGUUUUAGAAAAUAAAUCAAAGGUGUUUAAAACACCAGCGGCUGAUGUAAUAAAGAAGAAAACUGAGCCAUUAACAGCCACAACCAAAUUAAAAAAUACAAAGAAACCAAAACCCAGAAACAACUCGAGAACAAUAAACAAUGAAUUGGAUGAGCAUGGUGGUAUGACUUUAAGGGAUGAUAGCGAGAAGUAUGUUGAUGAUCAGUCACCAUUGGAAAAACCUCAGUUCAGUCAUAUCCGAACAGUAGAUGUUCUUAAUAUUAAUCAACAAUCAUCUAAUCAAACAAAUCUAAUUAAUCAUGAACCAUUAUCACUUACAAAUGAUUUUCCAUGUCUAUCUGAAAAUAAAACUAAUUCCGAUGAUACAAUACCGAAAAAAUUACAAAAUCGACAAACAAAAAAGAAAAUCAUUGAUAAUACUGUUCAUCAAUCCGAACAACAACACUCUUCUCAUACAACCAGUAAUGUUGUGAAUAACACUUUAAAACCUGAAAUUAAUUCAUUAAUCAAACUAAUAAAAUCUAUUCAAUUUAAUGAUAACAUGGAUAUUGAAUGCUUAUUAUAUGCUAAAUCUCAAUAUAUAGCUCCACCGGAUAUGGAAACACGUAAUCGUGAAUUAAUUCAAACAGUGGAAAAUGAUUUAUUUGAUAAAAGUGGUAAGACAGCUUUUAUUCGAUUUGCUGAUUUAUCGCGUCGUUAUCGUUAUAAACAAAUCAAUGCUACAGCUUACUUGGAAGGUUUGAUUGGUCUUCUAAAUGUCAAUACUGUGAAUCAGAAUGAUGAUGGAGGUGAUAACAGUAAAUUGUUGUAUAAUGGUUUUUUGUUCCCUCUGAAAAAUUUGUAGAAAUUUUGACAACGUAUUUUUUUCAGCUUAUUUAUUAAUUGCUUAUUUGAAAACAUAAAUAUUAGUACAAAAGGAUAUCAAAUAUACAUGUGCCAUACAACAAAAAUGUUGUUGUGAAAAGAUAGAGUAUGGAAGGUGAGUAUAACAAAAAAGAACAAUGAACAGAAAUUAGUGUACGAGGGUGAUUAUAUUAAUAAUAAUGGAAGCAGCAGUUUGGGUAGGAAAGAGACAACUAGGAAAAUUCUUUUAGUUGAAUUCGCUUCAGUAUCGCCACUGCCUUUUAUCCGAGCCAUUUCUGAUAACAUUUCAAGCCACUGUGCUGCACCAUCUCUAAUGCCCCAAAUAGGGAGUCGUGAAUGUCCAACGGAAUCCAGUCCUGUACAGCUUUUUUCAAUACCAUGUUGUGCAUUGUCUACCUCUCCGCCCUUUCCUACCGGUUCCAGCGUCGGCAAAUGAUGGACGAUGUAGAAUUCUCUGGAACGACAUAGGCUAUGUCCAAGCGACCGAAGUCGGUGUUUCAAGAUAGUGACAACAAUCGAAGUGGCGUUGCUGUGCACACGCCAUACCUGCGGAAACUGAUUGCCAACUGUUUAGAUGAGGAUUGUAUGACUUGGGUAUCAUCGCACAGUAAAGCAACAUCGUCCCUAUACUCAAGGUCGAGAAGUCUUUCCCCUGGAAGCGGGUUUACGCCACCAUUCCCUACAUCCAGCAGAGCUGUUUCCAAAACUUCAUCGAUGGCAAAGUGGAAGAGGGAUAGUGAGAUUAGGUCACGUUGCCUAACUUCACUGCUUGAGUAAAACGUUGUGGUGAGGUGGUUGUAUGCCCUCACUCUGCCUGAAUUGUUGGUAUAUCGGGAUUGGUUUGAUGUAUAGCUGCAACUAAUUUCCUGACAUUGACCCGUUUAAGGCGAUGGAUUUGUUGCCCCCAAAUGCCCUGGUACGGCCGAGAGUGGGGAUAGUCCGCUCUCCCUCUCGAAACGCUCUCACAUGGCCAUGCGUAUAUAGCCUCUAACAGGGAAGUCCUACCCACUGCUUUCUUGUGGCGGGGGUGUUGUUUACGAAAAUGAGAGGACGAAAAGCUAAUGUCCGGUGCACAUGGGCUGGCUCCAGUAUCCUGAAGGAACAAAUGGCGUAUGAACCAAUCGUUGGUCACCGGCUACCAUGGGACUGCAUCUCCUUACGAUGCUCCACUGCCUUAUGGAUCAGACCUUGAGGUCGAAGGCUCGGGGUGUGAUCCCCUAAGAAAACCGCCUGCCUCGGUUUGGGCACCCGGGCAGUAUCACAGCCCUCAAACAAAUCGAGAUUCGUGUGGCGCGUAUGUAUUUAUUGCCUCCUUGUACCAAUACCUAUGCGUUAAAAUAAUAAAUAAUAAUAAUGUAUUUGUUGGCCAUUGAUGCAUAAGAUAAACACUGGGUUCGUAUAGGCUCCAACUCGUUUAGUCACGUCGAUGUGUGAGUAUGACCAUAAACGAAGAUUUUCACGUAAUGGAAUUGUGAAACUCUUGCUAAAGACCUGGUAGUCGGAGCGUGCUAAUGAGUUGGAGUUCCUUGCGGACUUCCACUUCGUUAGAUGGAUCAGUUGUCACCGGCCAUGGAGGGCAGGGCAGUCAGUUCACCAUCUCCAAGGUAUCAGACCAUUUGAACUGUUCCUCGACAAACUGCCUAUUGUCCAAAACGUGGAUAGAUGUUGCUGAUCGGCAUCCGAUUAACUUCACAUAUUAUGUCACUCACACCAGACAUCUGGCUACCAGUGAUGUGGAUGAGUUGAACGAGCUUCCGUCAGUCAACAGCAAUAGCUGCUGCUGUUGACUACAAACAAUUACUAUCAUAGCUGACCCCUAUUUAUCAUUGUUUUAUUUCUAUGUGCUCUAUAUCACUGUGUUUUAUUAUGUAAUCCUGGAGUAUUACUCAUUUUUUAGAUACUCCAUACUGGAUAGGUCCGAUGAUUUCCUUAUUGCCUGAUAUAGGACUUCAACGUGCUUUACUUCGUGCUCUGCAAGCACAAGGAUCUCCACGUAUUCCAGUUGAUAUGCAAGAAGCUUUGUUAAAAAGUGGUCAUCAAUUUAAGCGCAACAAAAUCCCUAUAUUAGCUCUUCCUCCAUGGUCAAAGAAAGUCCUAAAAACAAUGCAGACAUGCCAGGAAUGUGGUCAAGUUUGUCUACGAAGUGAUCUACCUACUCAUAUGGAAUUGGCUCAUUCUGUGUCGUAUGAAAAGAAAUGAUAAUCCAUGAAGAAAGAAGAACUUGUCAUAAACUUACUGAUCAUUCGUUUAGUAUUCUUUUCACAAACAAAUACACAUCAACAAUAUAGUCUUUCGUUUUUUGGAUCAUAUCUAAUAUGAAUUAUUUUCAUAAAUUAUUUUGUUUGUUCCAUGGUUUAUUUUUACACCUAUUUGUUCGCUCUCAUAUGAGUUAUUACCCGUCGUAUGUUCAUAGUUAUCUGAAUAGUGUUGGUAACAAUCUUUGAUUAGCCUUAGAUAUGUCUGUAUGUUUGUUUGUAUGUGUAUUUAUGUGAAUUUAUACAUUUAUGUUCAUGUAAUUGUUAUACUGUGUAUAAUAAGUACGGUGAUUAGUAUAUUUGGGAGUUUAAUAAGUAAGUUAGUAUGUUUGAGUUAUGUAGCUUUUAAUUGAUUUGCAAAAAUUCUUUUCUUUUCUGUUUUAAAACAGUCUUUUGUUUAAUUUUUAAACAAGUCUAUUUCUUCUUCCUUUGACUAUUCAAAUUAUUCUUUAGUAUUUUAGUACUGUUUAUAUUGUUAAAAUAACCGGGUAAAAAGUUGAUCAUCAUAUACAAUAUGAAUAUA